CUACAUCUACCGCCCAACUCGCAGCUCAAUCGUCCGCCCAUCCUCCAAGAUGAAGACCACCGCAUCUAUCGCCCUCCUCGUAGCCACCGCUGCCUGCGCCUCUGCCGCUGCUCUUGAGCCUCAGGCUACUGCCGCCCCUCUCGAGAAGCGUCAGGACGCCGGAGCCUUCCAAUCGGCACUGCAGCAAUACUCUGCACUCCUCACCAUCCCGGCCUUCCAGUCCAUCGCGGCCUCCAUUGCCAUGGACUCGGCCGCCCUCUCCGCCGCUGCCGCUGCCCAGACGGGCGAUGUCGCUCCCUUCCAGUCGUACGUCAACUCCCUGCAGGCCAACCCGACCCUCUCGCAGGCCAUCGUUUCCGCUCUGGGCACUAGCUCGGCAGCCGCCAUCUACUCCUCCAUCCAGGCUGGGCAGUCUUCCCUCUCGCAGAUCCAAACGUCUGCAAGCGCUUCGGGGGCUUCGGGAGCUUCAUCGGGGGGUUCGGGCGCGUCGUCGUCUGCCGCAUCGUCACCUUCAGGGUCGACGACUAGCAGCGGCUCCAACGCUGCUCCUUCCAUGCAGGCUCCUUUGGCUGCUGGGCUCGGCCUCAUUGGUGCUACGGCUUUCGUUCUUGCCCUCAUCUAAUCGUGUCGAGAUCGGACCUGCAGGAUCAUUUGUCACUUGUCUCAAGAGGGUGACCUUUUCAAUGACCAUCGGGUGCAGGCCAUCGAGCUCCAUGCCCCUUUAUGCCUCUCAUUGCCCCGUCGUUUUGAAGGAAGGUCACUUUGUCUUUCGCUCCUUGACACGUCGACCAUGAGAGAGGCGUCUUUCUCCUUGACUCUGCUUGCUUAGUAACUCGCUGGAGUAUCUCCAACAGACUGAGGAACAGCCACGUCACUUUCGAUCACCCUUC